AUGACUAUCCCCGCUGCCCAUGUUGCCCAAGCUGGACAAGGUGAUGUCGCUCCAGGGGAAAUGGCCGCUCUCACUAUGCAACUGCCUUUCAACGUUGCCAUGGAGAAUGAAAGAUACAAAUCAAAAGCCAUCGAAGAGAUGCACCAUCGAACCAUGCUGCGAGGCCCACUGCUCCGAUCAAAGAAAUAUUCGGCUCCGGAUGACCUGAUUCAAGCCAUUGGGAAAAAACUGGCCAAUGAAGAAUCAGCAAUGAUUCAGAUUGUUGGGACCGAGCCACAUUUGGAAUGCAAGGCCUCGCAACGCCAAAGCACCGCAUUUGCCGACACUCUCGCUGGAAUUAGCGCCGAAAUGCAAGCUACCCUCGCGAUAGCUCGCGAGGAGAUGCAGGAGAUCGAAGCAAAGUUCCGGGACAUCCAUGCCCUUCUCCACGAUCGCCAGCUUGACGACACUCAGUGCCUCCAAGCGCUUCGCCGGCUUCUCCCCAAGCCUAUGGACCGCAGCCAAAUCGUGGGCCGAUUUACCAACAUCCGCGACCGCAUGAUCGAACUCGAGAAUUCCAUGCAGUAG